AUGGAGGAGAGAGUUAUUCGACUGGGAGCGGGGGCGACUAACUCUUUACUUUCGGUCAUUUCUGAUGUUUGUCCAAGUGCAGGAAUUGAUGAUCAGUGGAUUUGGUGUGGAACUAAAGAUGGCAGUUUCUCCACAAAAACUGCUUACAUGGCGAUCAAGGCUUCAAGGAAUGCAACUGCUCCAGCGGUCAUCAACGAGAAGGAGUUGGCUAUGGUGUGGGACACACCAGCUAUUCACAAAGCUCGAGUGAACGCGUGGAGAAUUCUGAAAAAUAGAAUGCCGACAUGCGACAAUCUUGGGAAAAGAAGUGUGCCGCUGACAACGGAAGAGAUGACGUGCAAUGCUUGUUUUCAUUCACCCGAAUCGGCUAACCACACCUUCUUGUCUUGUCCGAAAUCUGAAAGGGUGUGGGAUGAAGUGCAAAGGUGGAUGGGGAUCACCUCAGCGAGACCUAGGCUUAUUGCUUCUCACUUCGUUACGUUCAUUCACAUGGGAAGGGGGAAAAGAAUUGAGAAGUUGCUCAAGGCGAUUUGGAUGUGUACCAACUGGAUUCUGUGGAAACGGAGGAACGAAAGCCGCUUCGAGGGUAGGCCGUGGACAAUUGAUAGUGUGAUUUCGGAAAUUAAAGCUAGGAUUUGGAGUUGGAAUUAUGAGUUUUGUAUCGUGGAGAAGGGGUUGAGUUUUUCCUCUUGGAGCUCUAAUGACCUCCUUCUCAAACUGAUGUAG